AUGGCAAGUUCGUUUUCGCUCCCUCCUAAUCUAGCCGCCAAUGAAGCCAGCCCGGAAUGGAUGAACAAAGGCGACAACGCAUGGCAACUCACGGCAGCUACACUCGUCGGCCUCCAAAGCAUUCCGGGGUUAAUUAUUCUUUACGGAGGCUCGGUGAAGAAGAAAUGGGCAGUGAACUCGGCUUUCAUGGUGCUCUAUGCUUUUGCCUGCGUUGUUUUCUGCUGGGCGGUCUGGGGUUACCGGUUGUCGUUCGGGGAAAGGAUGGUUCCGUUCUGGGGGAAACCGAACGUGGCGUUGGACGGGGUGUAUCUGAUCGGAAAACCGUUUCUGGGGAAGUUUCCGAACGCGACGAUGGUGUAUUUCCAGGGGGUUUUCGCUGCGAUAACUCUGAUUCUGAUUGCCGGAGCGUUGUUGGGUCGGAUGAAUUUUUAUGCAUGGAUGAUGUUCGUGCCGCUGUGGCUGACAUUUUCUUAUACGUUAACGGCUUUUAGUAUAUGGAGUCCCCAUGGAUUUCUUACGAAGAUGGGGAUCAUUGAUUAUUCGGGUGGAUAUGUCAUCCAUUUGUCUUCUGGAAUUGCAGGAUUCACUGCGGCCUACUGGGUUGGGCCACGUCUAACACAAGACAGGCAAAGAUUUCCUCCGAACAAUAUCCUGCUGAUGUUGUUCGGAGCAGGGUUGCUGUGGAUGGGUUGGACCGGGUUCAAUGGAGGAGAUCCUUAUGAAGUCAGCGUCGACGCUUCCUUGGCCGUCAUAAACACUCACAUCUGCACCGCUGUCAGCUUGCUUACAUGGCUACUACUCGACAGCGUCUUCUUUAGAAAGCCUUCCAUUAUCGGUGCCGUUCAAGGCAUGAUCACCGGUUUGGUCUGCAUCACCCCUGCUGCCGGAGUUGUACAAGGAUGGGCAGCAAUAAUAAUGGGGCUUUGUUCCGGCUCUAUUCCAUGGUUCACCAUGAUGGUUGUUCACAAAAGAUCCGAAGUGCUUCAAAAGGUGGACGACACCAUGGCGGUGUUUCACACUCACGCCGUCGCUGGCAGCCUCGGAGGCAUACUUUCUGGCAUCUUUGCUGUACCGAAGCUUAACGGGUUGUUCUACGGUGCCCCCGGCCACUACAUUGGCCUAUUUUACGGACUGGCGGAUGGGAGAACACACGAUGGGUUCCGGCAGAUAGGAGUUCAGUUGAUUGGGAUAUUGUUUGUGGUGGUAGUUAACGUGGUGAGUACAAGCAUAAUCUGUGUUGUGGUGCAAGUAUUUGUGCCUUUGAGGAUGUCUGAAGAGGACAUGGAGAUUGGUGAUGAAGCUGCUCAUGGUGAAGAAGCAUAUGCCAUUUGGGGUGAUGAAGAGGAGAGGCUUGACCCUAAAUAUGAAUUGCCCAAAACCAAAGCUCCUGGUCAAGUGGAAAUGACUUGGUCAUAA